UCCAAGAGGAGUGAGUGCAAGAGAAAUGGGCUUGAGGUGAGGGGGUCAUGAAGAGGUUAGUCCUGGGUCUGGCUUUAUGGCCUCUCCUCCUUUAUUUUCAAGUAUGGGGGUGGCAUUUACCUGAAAACAAAGCCUGUGGGAAUGGCGUUCGUGGGAUCAGUGUAUUGAUGAUGAAUAACUCAGCCUUCCCGGAAUCGCUGGAAAAUCUGAAAAUAGCUAUGGAUAUGGGCUUGAAAAUGGUGAAUGAUCUUUAUGGAGAAGACAGAAAUGUGACCAUCUACUAUCGCAACUCUUCAAAUCCAGUCCAAAGGGCAAAUGACUGCACUAGUAGCACCUGUGAAGGCUUGGGUAUUCUUAAGUCUCUCAGAGAAGAAGGGCAUGUGGGAUGUGCUCUCUUCGGACCUUCCUGCACCUAUUCCACUUUUCAGAUGUACAUUGAAACGAUUUUGGAGUUCCCCAUGAUUUCGGCAGGAAGUUUUGGAUUAUCAUGCGACCACAAAGAAACUUUAACCAGAUUGUUGCUUCCAGCUAGGAAGUUGAUGUACUUUUUAGUUGAUUUCUGGAAGAUUAAUAACUUGCCAUUCAAAACUGUUUCAUGGAAUACAGCUUAUGUUUUAAAGAGCAAUAAUUAUUCAGAGGAAUGUUUAUGGUACCUCAAUGCUCUGGAAGCUGGAGUUUCCUAUUUCUCACAGGAACUUCAAUUCAAGGAAAUGCUGAGAACUGAUGACCAGUUUCAUGAAAUCUUGAGGAAUAAGAACAGGAAAAGCAAUGUGAUUGUCAUGUGUGGCACACCAGAAUCCCUUGAUGCCCUGAAGGGUAAUUAUGAAUCAGAUGCAGACAUCGUCAUUGUUCUGGUGGAUCUUUUCAAUAAGCAGUACUUUGAGAAUACCACAUCAGCUCCUUACAUGAAAAACGUCCUCGUGCUGACAUUGAAGCCUCCAAAUUCCAGUUUAUCUAACUUACUGAAUGUCUCAUUGGAGAAAGAUUACUUUGUUCUUGCCCACAUGAAUGGAGUCAUGCUCUUUGGACACAUGAUAAACCAAGCACUUCAAGACCAGUCAGAUGGCUCUUUUUCCUAUGCUUUCCGAAACCUCACUUUCCAAGGAGGUCUAGGUCCUGUGACCCUGGAUGAAUGGGGAGAUAUUGAAAAUAAUGUGACUGUUCUGUAUACUUCAGCAGAUUCUAAUGAGUACAAGGUUCUUUUGUACUAUGACACCCAUGUAAACAGGACCAUUUGGCAUGAGGAGAAACCCAUUCUCACCUGGAAGAAUAAUAAACUUCCCAGUGAUGUAUUAGGGAAAGACCCUGAAAUCCUGAUGAUUGUUGUCAUUGCUCUUGCGGGAGCAGUUUUAUUUAUACUAGCCAUUGCUCUGCUGGUGUUCAGGGAAAAUAGAAAGAAUAAUGAACUUCGUCAGAAGAAGUGGUCCCAUAUUCCAACAGAAGAGAUCAUACUCUUGGAGACUGAUGAGACCAGUCAUGUGAGCCUGAAGAUUGAUGAAGACAAGAGACGUGAUACCGUUACAAGGCUACGUCAAGGAAAAUAUGACAAAAAGGUGGUAAUCCUUAAAGAUCUCAAGCACAGUGAUGGCAACUUCACCGAGAGGCAGAAGAUAGACCUGAAUAAGUUACUCCAGGUUGACUAUUACAACCUGACCAAAUUCUAUGGUACAGUGAAGAUUGACACCAUGAUCUUUGGAGUGAUCGAGUACUGUGAGAGGGGAUCCCUUCGGGAAGUUUUAAAUGAUACAAUCUCCUACCCUGAUGGCACCUUCAUGGACUGGGAGUUUAAAAUUUCUGUCAUGUAUGACAUUGCCAAGGGGAUGUCUUAUCUGCACUCCAGUAAAACUGAAGUACAUGGUCGUCUGAAGUCUACUAAUUGUGUAGUGGACAGCAGAAUGGUGGUAAAGAUCACUGACUUUGGUUGCAAUUCCAUUUUACCUUCAAAGAAAGAUCUGUGGAUGGCUCCUGAACACCUCCGAGAAGCAAAUGUGUCUCAGAAAGGUGAUGUGUACAGCUAUGGGAUCAUCACACAAGAGAUUAUACUUCGAAGAGAAACCUUUUACACAUCGAGCUGUUGGGACCAGAAAGAGAAAAUUUACAGAGUGGAGCAUAACAAGGAUUCAAAACCAUUCCGUCCAGACCUCUUUCUGGAGACAACUGACGAAAAAGAACUGGAAGUCUAUCUGCUUGUCAAAAACUGUUGGGAAGAAGACCCUGAGAAGAGACCAGACUUCAAGAAAAUUGAGAGCACCCUGGCUAAGCUAUUUAGUCAUUUCCACAGUCAAAACAGUGAAAGCUACAUGGACACCUUAAUCCGACGUCUUCAACUCUACUCUCGGAACCUGGAACAUUUGGUGGAAGAAAGGACCAAGCUAUACAAGGCAGAGCGGGACAGAGCAGACAGGCUUAACUUCAUGUUGCUGCCCAGGCUAGUGGUAAAGUCUUUGAAGGAGAAAGGUUUUGUGGAACCUGAACUGUAUGAGGAGGUCACAAUUUACUUCAGUGACAUUGUAGGUUUUACCACCAUCUGCAAAUACAGCACCCCUAUGGAGGUAGUCGACAUGCUCAAUGACAUCUACAAGAGCUUUGACCACAUUCUGGAUCACCAUGAUGUCUACAAGGUAGAGACCAUUGGAGAUGCCUACAUGGUUGCUAGUGGAUUGCCAAAGAGGAAUGGCAAUAGACAUGCAGUAGACAUUGCCAAGAUGGCUUUGGACAUCCUUAGUUUCAUGGGAUCCUUUGAACUCCAGCAUCUUCCGGGCCUCCCUGUGUGGAUUCGCAUUGGAGUACAUUCUGGGCCAUGUGCUGCUGGAGUUGUUGGAAUCAAAAUGCCUCGUUAUUGUCUGUUUGGAGAUUCUGUGAACACAGCCUCAAGGAUGGAAUCCACAGGCCUCCCUUUGAGGAUUCAUGUGAGUGGAUCCACUAUAGCUAUUCUGAAGAGGACCGAAUGCCAGUUCCUAUAUGAAGUGAGAGGAGAAACUUACUUAAAGGGAAAAGGCACAGAGACCACCUACUGGCUUACAGGAGUUAAGGACCAGGAGUACAUGCUGCCAACACCUCCUUCUGUGGAGAAUCAGCAGCACUUACAGGCAGAAUUUUCCAACAUGAUCAUUGAAUCUUUGCAGAACAGACAGGCCCAAGGUUUAUCAGACCGGAAACCAAGGCGUGUGGCCAGCUAUAAAAAAGGAACCCUGGAGUAUUUGCAGCUGAACACCACAGAUGAUAACGAAACCUAUUUUUAAAUCUAAGUGGGUGCUAAGACCUCCGUCAAAAUCAGAAUCCACAUAGCAGGAGAUCUUGUUUGUCUCAGAAGUUGGCCUUGUCAGGAAGACCUUAAAGAAAUAGAAAAGACCUAGAAACUUCCUCUAUCUUUUGGGUCAUCUCCUUGGAACAUGUUUUCUUCUAUGAGUGAGAUUCAUUUCCUUAGUUGACAUAAAUAUAUGUUGCUAUGUGGCCUUAUCUUAACAGUUUCUUCCUGAACUUCGUAUCCUGAUAGGAAGGAAAGAUAACUCUAUACUAGAACUCAAGGAAAUACCGGUCUUGAGGAGUUUUUGUCUGAUGGCUCUUUUUCUUGCUAUUUCCAUUUUGGUAUUUUUUUAA